UAAUAACUAUUGAAAAAUAAUAAAAAAAAAAAAAAAAAAACGCGACUGCUGUUUUAGACAGAAGGUACGUUAUUUUAUUUUUUCUAAAUAAAAGAGUGUAUAUCAUUGUCAUCGUGGUGAUCGGUUGAUAAACCGAGUCAGCUUCUCGAUACGAAGAAUACAAUACCAUCAUAAAUAUAAAAUAAAAAUAGUUAUCUAUAGAACUUGUUAUUCCAAUAACUGCGGGGCGAUUGUUUGUAUAUCAGUAAUUAAAAAUAUAAAAUAUCUAGUGUAUAGGUGUUUUUGUAUAUACGACUGACUCUUUUUUACAAUUAUUGAUAUUGGUGCGUGAUAUAAAUAUUGAGGAAGAGCAAAGGACAGCCAAAUAAAAAAUAUAAAUCUUUAAAUUUGUAUUUAAAUAUAAAGACUCGUUUGCAUUGUUUCGUAUUUUGCAACAAAGUUACAAGUUUCAGAGUUGUAUAUUAAGCUGACAGAUUUAUAAUUAUUAUAAUUGCUACUAUAAGAAGAAACAUGGUGGAAAAAAUAUUGGAAGAGCGUGAGGAUGGUCAUCAAGACGCCGGAAGAGUGGAUGGAAAUCGCAGAGACGUAACUUCAACUGGAGAACCACUCAGCUCAGUCCACGCAAGACAAGAGGAAGCCCGACGUAGACGACGUAGGAAGCAUCGUUCGGGCUCAUCUCUCGUCUCGUCAUGCUUCCAAGAGCUGUACAAACUGACGGGCGAAGUACUGGGCGAGGGAGCGUACGCUUCAGUGCAAACUUGCACAUCCCUCUACACAGAUCUGGAGUACGCGGUUAAGAUUAUUGACAAGAUUCCCGGGCAUGCUCGCACCAGGGUCUUCAAGGAGGUCGAGACUUUCCAUCAUUGCCAGGGUCAUCCGAAUAUAAUCCAGCUGAUCGAGUUCUUUGAAGACGACGAGCGGUUCUAUCUCGUCUUCGAGAAGAUCAACGGUGGGCAAUUGCUGAGGAGGAUUCAAGAACGCGUUCAUUUUAGCGAGAGAGAGGCCAGUCAGAUUGUCAAAGAAAUUGCUGGAGCACUUCAUUUUCUUCACAAAAAAGGUAUCGCACACAGAGACUUGAAGCCAGAAAACAUCCUUUGCGUCUACCCAGACAAAUUGACGCCAAUAAAAGUUUGUGACUUUGAUCUUGGAUCUGGUAUUAAAUUCAACAACUCGCAAAGUCCUCUGGCGACACCGCAACUACUAACACCAGUUGGCAGCGCAGAGUUUAUGGCACCAGAAGUUGUCGAGGCUUUUAUCGGAGAGUCAAAUUACUAUGACAAACGUUGUGAUUUGUGGAGUCUUGGCGUGAUAAUGUACAUUUUAUUGUGCGGUUAUCCGCCGUUUUACGGCAACUGCGGCACCGACUGCGGCUGGGAGAAAGGGGAAAAUUGCCAGGCGUGUCAAGAAUUGUUGUUCACCAGCAUUCAGCAGGGGAUUUACGAUUUUCCAGCCAGAGAAUGGAAAGACAUUUCCGAGGACGCCAAGGAUCUUAUUCGCGGGCUGCUUGUCAAAGACGCCCACCAGAGAUUGAGCGCCGAGUGCGUUCUCAAUCAUCAAUGGAUCAAUCCUGGGCCUACUAUCACUGUUGCUGGCAACAGGCCACUCAUUACACCUGAAAUAAUAAGAAGGAACAAUUCCGCCCGUGAACUUUCAGCGUUCGCUGAGUCAGCAAUGGCCGUGAAUCGCGUAGUGCAUCAGCACUUUUCAAUAAACCACCUGGAAGAUCUGGCGGAGACUCGCGAACCCAGGCUGUCGACAUCCUCGAUGGACGAUGACAAUCAUCCUUACGGCCAUAUGUCUGAUACCAGCAGCGAAGGCUCGGAGCCCAGCAAGCACUGUGUUGCUCACUCUUCCAUUGAAUUUGAUUCUAAUUCACGCCGCAAGUCAUGCUCCAUGCACUCAACCAUCGAGCACAGUGAUUGCAAAUUCAUCGGCGAUAGUCGUCUCAACGGUAAAGACGCGCUGGCUCAUCUCUACGGUCUAUCACCGCCGAGUGAGAGUAAACUGAUGCAGCGUCGGAUAAAAGCACGCUCUAAUCUUCUCGAACGACGUAACCCGGCAUUCGUCGCAUCCCCAAGUGGCUGAAAGAGUAUCCAUUAUACUCAUCGUACAAAAAUCUCCUUGCUCGCCGUAAACUAGAUUUCUAAUUUUUUUUUUUUUUUAUUUUAUUAAUAUCAUCAUUGACAGUAAUAUUACAUUUUUUUUUUUUUUUUUUUAAUAAACAUGCCAUAGUUUGUCAGUCAAUGGCGAUUUUUUAUUUUCAGUUAUAUUGGCAA